AUGGAAAUAUUAAUUAGAAAUAUAAAAAAUGGAAUUAUAACAAAAAAAAAUGUAAAUAAAUUAAUAAAAUUAUUAAAAAAAUUAAUUAAAUUAAAUUUAAAUAAAAAUUUAUUAAAUGAAGAAAAUUUAUUAAAUGAAAAAUUAUUAGAAGAAAAAUUUAAUGAAAAAUUAUUAGAAGAAAAAUUUAAUGACGAAAUAUUAGAAGAAAAAUUUAAUGAAAAAUUAUUAGAUGAAAAAUUUAAUGAAAAUUUAUUUAUAGAAUUACCAAAUUUAAUAAAAAUUUGUAUAAUAAAUUUAAAUAUAAAAAAUUAUAAUUCAAUAAAUAAAUUAAUUAAAUUUAUUAAAAAUAAUAUUAACUUAUUAAAUAAUAUUAUUAGAGAUACAUUUUUAUAUAAUUUUUUUCCUAUCCAUUACGGUGCUUGGUCAAACAGUUCCAAUACCACUAAUACCAACAGCUCCAAUACCAUCAGCUCUAAUACCAUCAACUCCACUACUAUUACUGCUGUUGUGAACCUGACACCGUAUUGGAAUAAAUUAUUAAUAGAAAUAUUGAAUGAAAAAUAUGAAAAAAUAUUAUUUAUAAAAUUAUUAGAAAUAAAAAUUGAUGAAAUAAUUACAUUAGAAAUAAUAAGAAAAUUAAAAAGAAAUAAUAAAAAAAUUAUAGAAAUUUUAAAUUUAUUAAUACAAAAAAUUCCAAUAGAAUUUUAUGAAGAAAUUUUAUUCUUAAUAUUAAAUUAUCAAAUUGAUGAUAUAAUAAUUUCUAUAAUAAAUCAAAUUUCAAUAAGAUUUUAUGAAAGUUUAGUAUCCAGGCGAGAGUCAGAUGGACAGGGGUCAGAUGGACAGGGGUCAGAUGGACAGGGGUCAGAUGGACAGGAUGGUAAUGUAAUAGGAUCAAGUGGACAGGAUGGUAAUGUAAAAGAGUCCAAUGGACAGGAUGGUAAUGUGUUGGAGUCUAAUGUAAAAGAGUCUACUGUAAAAGAGUCCAGUAUACUAGGAUCAAGUGUCUCAGAGUCCAAUUUGUUAGAGUCAAAUAGACAAGAUUCCACUGUAUUAGGGUCUAAUGGACAAGAUUCUAGAAUACAAGGUUCUACUUUACAGGAGUCAAAUAGACCAGAUUCUACUGUACAAGACUCUACUUUACAACAGUCAAGUAGAAAAGGUUCUAAUGGAGAAGAUUCCAGUAUACAAGAGUCAAGUAGACAAAGAUCCAGUGUACUAGGGUCUAGUAUACAAGAUUCCUCUAUACAAGGAUCAAAUCUACAAGAUUCUAGAGUAAAAGAGUCCAAUGUGCUAGAUUCUACUGUACAAGAGUCAAAUAGACAAGACUCCAACGGUCAAUAUUCUACUGUAAAAGACUCUAAUGGGCAAAACUCCAGUUUACCAGAUUCCAGUAUACUAGGAUCAAAUGUGUUAGAUUCUACUGUACCAUGUACCAUUGGAGCAAGCACCGUAACUGAGGAAAAUUCUACCACCCAUUUUGCUGCUCCCGGAAAGGGAGCUAAUUUUACAGCUAUGGAGUGUACUACUACUAAUACUAAGGAAGCCCCUUUCGGGGCUGGUACUGAGGGAACUGGUGCCGUUGGAGCAAGCACCGUAACGGAGUAUAUAAAAAUAUUAAAAAAAUUAUUAAAUAAUAUUAAUGAAAAAUCAUCAAUUAUAUUAUCAAAUAUAUUAUAUUAUCCUCAUUAUAUUGAUCUAUCCACAACAACUGUAACAGCUACCACAACUGUACCACCCGUACCCUCAAUACCAUCUCCACCAUCUACUCUAUCACUCCCUCCGGAUAUAAUAAAAUUAUAUAAUAAGUUUAUAGAAGAAAAUAUAUUUAUUAUUGAAGAAAAUUGUAAUAAUAAAAUAUUUCCAAAGAUACAAGAAAAUUUUAUUAAAUUUUCUACGAAAUUUUUUUUAUUAACAAAAAAUAUUAAAUUAUUAAAUUUAUUAUUAAAUUUAUAUAAAAAAUCAAAUUAUUAUACAAUAAAUUCUUUAAUAAAUAUUUUUUUUCCACCAAUAGAUACAAUGGGUACAAUUAAUCCUAUGAGUAUUGAAAUGACUCCAAUAACACCAGUAACUCCACUUAACACUCCAAUAAAUCCAAUUAAUAUUCUGGAUCCUUCAAUAUUAAUGUUGUUGUAUAAAAAAUUAUAUAAUAAUUUGGAAUAUAAAUUAUUAUUAAUAGAAAUAAUAUAUUUAAUGAUGAAACUGAAUAUAAAUUAUGAAAUUAAUAUAAUAAAUAUUAAUUCUAAUUAUCAUUUAUUAUUAUUAUUUUUUAUAUAUUUUAAUAAAAUGAAAAUAAUUUUCCAUAAUUAUUUUUUUUAUCAUUUUCUCAUCAAUUUUAUUAAACUUAAUACAUCUAACAGUGUAAUUGGAGAGUUAAUUGGAGGAAUAGAUAAGGUUGAAGAUGAUAUUAGAGAGUUAACUGGACAUGAUAUUGGAUCUACAGUACAUUAUGUAUUAGAAGAUGAAAUAAUAAUAUAUUAUAAUUUUAUAAUAAUAUAUAAUAAAUUAAUAAAAUUAAAUAAUAAAUUUAUUGAUAAUUAUUUAUAUCAAUUAUCAAAAUCAAAUCUUACUCUAAUAUUAUUAACAUUAUCACUAGAUGAGAAAUGGACUAGUAGAUUGGAUGAUAAGUGUACUAAUCAACAGACUAGUCAUAGGACCAGUCAACAGAAUGACAGACGUACUAAUCAACUGAUUGAUAGAUGUAGUAAUAAAUCAUCUAGCCGAUUGAUUGAUAGAUGUUGUAAAAAAUUAUUGUAUAAAUUAUAUAAUGUAAUGGAAAAUUUGGAUAUAGAAAUGAAAUUAAUAUAUUUAAUAAUAUUAAAUCCAAAAAUAUUAAAAAAUUAUUUAAAAAUGAAAUCUGAAUUUCCCAAAAUACACACUAACAAAUAUAUAAUCAAUUCAUUAUAUGACUCGAUAGAGUCAGAGUCUAUGGGCUCUGUGGAUUGUAUGGAGUCUAAUGGCUCUGUGGACUCCACUGACUGUAUGGACUCUACUGAAUCUAUGGACAGGAUAAAAAAUUAUAUUAGAUUAUUAUAUAAAUAUAAUAUAACAAUAAUAUUUAAUAAUGAAUUAAUAAUAGAAUUUUUACAAAAUUUAUUAUUAGAAUUUGAACAAUUUGAUUGGAAUUUAGAUUGUACAGAUGGAGGAGGAGGUGGAUUAGUAGGUACAGGAGGAGGUACAGUAGGAGGAGGAUCAGGUGGAUCACUAGGUACAGAUGGUAUAGUAUUAGAUUCUAAUAGCAUUGGAUUAGGCUCAGGAGGAUUAGUAUUGGAUUCUAAUAGCAUUGAAAAAAAAUUAUAUAAUAUAAAUUUUAUAGAAGAAAUAAAAUAUUAUGAUAUUAAAAAAUUGAAAAAUAAAUUAAAAAAAGAAAUUGAAUUAAUAAAAUUAAAUAAUUUGAAAAUAAAAUUAAGAAAAUUAUUAAUAUUAAUAAAUAAAUUAAUAAAUUUAUAUACAGAAAUUAUAAAUAAUUUAAAUUUAAUUAAUUUUAUAAAAAUAUUUAAUUUAUUAAUACAAUUUAAUAAAUUUAAUUUAUUAAAAUAUUACAAUAGAAUUUUAUAUAAAAAUUUAUUUCAUUAUAUAUUUCAGAAUAUAAGUAAUAGAGAUUUGGAACAGGUUUUAGAGGAGGGUUUUGAAGACGAUUUAGAGGUGGUUGAGGAGGUUAGAGAGGGAGAAAAUGAGUAUUUUGAGGGAGAUUUAGAGUUAGAAAAUGGAGAUUUUAGAGGAGAUUUUAAGGGUUUAAAAGAGGAUUUUAAGGGUUUAAAAGAGGAUUUUAAGGGUUUAAAAGAGGAUUUUAAGGGUUUAAAAGAGGAUUUUAAGGAUUGUAAGAAGGGUUUUGAGGGAGAAAAUGAGGAUUUUAAAAAGGAUUUUAAAGGAGAUUUAGAGGAUGAUUUAGAUACAAAUUUACAUUCCAAUGAGAGGAAUUUAGAGGAUUUUAAGGCCUUUAAAGAGGUUUUAGAGGAGGAUUCAAAGGAUUUUAAGGGAGAUUUAAAUAAAAAUUUACAUUCCAGUAAGAGUAAUUUAAAGGAUUCUAAGGCCUUUAAAGAGGUUUUAGAGGAUUCAAAUGUUUUAGAGGAUGAUUUAGAUAAAAAUUUACAUCCCAGUGAGACGGAUUUAAAGAAGAAUUUUCUUACCAAUAAGGAGAAAAAAUUUAAAAAUGACCAUAAAAAUAAAAUUGACCAUAAAAUAGAUAAAUUAGAUAAAAUUGAUAAAAUUGACUUCAUUAUGGAUAAAAAUGUGUAUAAAAUGGACAAUCACGUUGAAAAACACUCUAAUGUCAUUCUGGACACAAAUGACUCUAAUGUCAUGGAUAAAAAAGUUAUAUUGGAUAAUAUAAUAAAUUGUAUUAUUGAUAAUAAAAAUAUUAAUAUUAAUAUUAUAAUUUUAUUAUAUAAAUUAAUAAAAAAACAAAUUAAUAAACAAAAUUAUAAAGAAAAUUUUAAAGAAAAUUUUAAAGAAAAUAAUAAACAAAAUUAUGAAGAAAAUUUUAAAGAAGAAAAAUUAUUUUUAUUAUCAUUUUUAAUAAAUAAAAUUAAAAUUUCAAAUGAAUUUUUAUAUAAAAUUAUUUUAUUAUUUUUAGAAAAUAAUUUUCUUCAUAUUUUUCAACAUCUUAUUACAUUUUUUUCUAAUCUAACAGAUGAUGAAAUUUAUCAAUUAUCCAACCAUAAUACUAAAUCUAAGUGUGAUACUGUAUUCGAAGUAUCUAAGUGUGAUACUGUAUCUAAGUGUGAUACUGUAAUGAAAGUAGAUUCUGAAGUAGAUAAUUCGGUAGUAUCUAAGAGUAAUACUGUAUCUGAAGUAGUUAAUUCUGAAAUGAAAGUAGAUUAUGAAGUUGUUGAUUCUAAUACUGUGUCUGAAACGGUUGAUUCUGAAGUAUCUAAUUCUGAUACUGUAUCUGAAGUACCUAAUUCAGUACUAUCUAAGUGUAAUACUCUAUCUGAACUAGUUAAUUCUAAAGGAUCUAAAUCUGGACUAUCUGAGUCUAAUACUGAAUCUGAACUAUCUAACUCCUUGGUACAUGAAUCUGGACUAUCUAAGUCUAAUAGUGUAUCUGAAGUACCUAAAUCUCAAGUAUCUAAUUCUGAUGCUGUGUCUGAAGUAUCUAAAUCUCAAGUAUCUAACUCUGAGUUAGUUAAUCCUGAACUACCUAAAUCUGAACUUUCUAAGUCAUCUAAUACUGUAUCUAAUUCUAAAGUACCUAAAUCUGGACUACUUGAUUCUGUAGUAUCUAAUUCUGGAUCAGCUAAUUCAGUAAUAUCCAAGUGUAAUACUGUAAUGAAAGUAGAUUAUGAAGUAUCUGAAGUAGUUAAUUCUGGAUCAUCUGAUUCGGUGGUAUCCAAAUCAGAAAUGGUUAAAUCAGAAGCAUCUAAGUCUCAAGUAUAUAAAUCUGAAACGGUUGAUUCUGAAGUUUCUGAUUCAGUAGUAUCUAAAACUCAAGUAUCUAGUUUUGAAGUAUCUAACUGUAAUACUGUUUCUAAAGUAUCUAAUUCUAAUACUGUAUUUAAAUCAGAAGUAUCUAACUCUGAUACUGUAUCUAAGUCAGAAAUAUCACAAUCUGAACUACCUAAAUCUGUAGUACAUAAGUCUGGAUCUGAACUAGUUAACUCUGAACUACCUAAAUCUGCAGUAUCUAAGUCUAAUACUGUAUCUGUAGUACAUAAAUCUGAUGAAGAAUCUGAAUUAGUUAAUUCUGAAGUACCUAAUUCUGAAGUACAUAAAUCUGAAUUAUCACAUUCUGAAGUAGUUAAUUCUAAGAAGAAAAUUUCUAUAGUACCUAAUUCUGAAUUACCUAAAUCUGUACUAUCUAAGUCUAAUACAGUAUCUGAAGUACCUAAAUCUGGAUCAUCUGAGUCUAAUACUGUAUCUGAAGGAUCUAAGUCUGUAGUACCUAAUUCUUCAGUAUCUAAGUGUAAUACUGUGAAAUAUUCAAUAGUAAGAAUAAUUGAAUUAUUGUAUAGAAUAAUAAAUAUAGAAAAUUUAAUAUAUAUAUUUCAUAUAUAUUUAAUAACAAAUUUACAAAUUUUUUUCCAAACUAUAAUACAAUUUUUAACCAAAUUAGAAAUAAAUUCUAUGAAUAUAAAUGAAAUAAAAUUAUUUUUGUUUAAAGAAAUUGAAUUAAAUUAUUUAAAUAAUAAUAAAAAAUUUAAUUUAAUUACAUUUUUUAAAUUAUUCAAUUUUAAUAAUUUAUUCAAUUCAAUUAUACAAAAUGCAAUAGAACAAGAUGCAAUAGAACAAGAUUCAAUAGAACAAGAUGCAAUAGAUACAGUAGAGAAGAAAAAUUUAUUGAGGAAAAAUAAAAAUUUGUUGCAUUUUGAUGAAAUAAUUGAAAUAUAUUUAUAUUAUAAAAAAAAUAAUAUAUUUAUAAAAUAUUUUAUAAAAAAUUAUAAAUUAAUACAAAUAUUAAAAUUAUUCCAUCAAAAAAUUAAUUUCCAUCAAAAUAUAAAAUUUAAUAAAAAAAAUAAUUUAAUUAAUAAAAAUGAAAAAAAUAAUUUAAUUAAUAAAAAUAAAAAAAAUAAUUUAAUUAAUAAAAAUUUAUUAAUAAUUUUGUUAUAUAAAAUUGUUGAAAAUAUUGAAAUAAAAUCAAAUGAAAUAUUAGAAAUUUUUACAUUUUUAUUAUAUACAAAUAAUUUUCCUCUAUUACAAUUUAUUAUUUUAAAUACUAAUAAUUAUAUUCUACAACAAUUAAUACCAUUUAAACCAUUAAAAUGGAUAACUCUAUAUGAAUUGGAGACUAAGGAGUCUAAGGAGUUUAAGAAUGGGUCUAUGGAUGAGUUUAAGAAGGAGUUGGAGACUAAGGAGUCUAUGAAUGAAUUGGAGACUAAGAAGGAGUCUACAGUAGUUAAGGAGUCUAUGAAUGAGUCUGUAACUGAGUUGGAGACUACAUCAGAAUCUACAGUAGUUAAGGAAUCUAAGUAUGAAUUUGAGUCUAAGAAGGAGUCUACAGUACUUAAGGAGUCUAUGAAUGAGUCUGUAACUGAGUUGGAGACUACAUCAGAAUCUACAGUAGUUAAGAAGUCUAAAUCACCAUUGGAGACUAAAAAUGAAUCUACAGUACUUAAGGAGUCCAAAUCAGAGUUGGACUCUAAAUCAGUACCAGAGUCUGUAACUGAGCCUAUAUCUAAAUCAGAGUCUAAAUCUGGGUUUAAGAAGUCAGUAACUGAGUCUAAGAAUGAAUUGGAUACUGUAACUGAGUCUAAGAAUGAAUUGGAUACUGUAACUGAGUCUAAGACGUUACAUAAGUCUACUUCUAAAUCAGAAUCUAAUUCUAAAUCAGACCCUAAAACAGUCUCUGACUCUACAGUACUUCAGGAACCUAAAUCAGUGCCCAAAUCAGUAUCUGAGUCAGUAACUGACUCCGUUCCGGAGCCUGUAAAUAUAUUUAAUGAAAUAAUAAAAUUAAUAUUAUAUAAUAAAUUAGAAAUGAAUUAUGAAGAAAUAUUAGAAAAUAUAUUAGAAAAUUUACAAAUUCAUAAAAAUUUUAUCAAAUUAUUUUUAAACAUUAAAAAUAUUAAUCAAAUUAUUCAAAAUUAUAAAAAUAAAAAAAUUAAUAAAAUUUCUAAUAAAAUUAAUAAAAAAAUUAAUAAUUUGAAUAAUUUGAAAAAUUUUGAUAAUAAUUUUGUUGAGGAAAAAAAUUUGGAAAAAAAUUCUAAUAAAAUAUUUGUGGAUGCAAAAAUUUAUGUGGAAAAAUAUUAUAAUUUAUUAUUAAAUGAUAAAAUUUUUAUUAAUAUAUUUUUAUUAUUAUUAAAUGAUUUUAAUUUUUAUUUAAAUAAAUUAAUACAAAUUAUUAUACCAACACAUUAUGAUAAAUUAUUUUUAUACUCAUUAAUAAACAAAUUAGAUACAGUUAAUAAGUUUAAUGAAUUAUCUAAUGGAUUUACUGAGUUAACAAUACUUGAUGAGUUAUUAGUGUCUAAUGAGUUAUUAGAGUCUAAUGAGUUAUCUAGUGAAUUAGAUAUAGUAACUGAUACUGUAAUGGAUACUGUAUUACCAGUUACUGUAACUGAUACCGUAGGACCAGUCACCGUCCCUCCGGAACUUGAAUUAUUUUAUUUAAUAAUAAUAAAAUAUAAAAAUGAAAUAAAUUUGAAAGAAAUAUUAAAAAUAAUAUUUAAUAAUAUAAAAUAUAUUUAUAUAAUAAAAUUAUUAAAAUUAUUUAAUCCAAAUAUUAUUUUAUACAAUUUAUUAAACAAUAUUCAUAAAUUAACAAAAUUAAAUCAAAAUAAUCAAAAUUUGGAAAAAAAUAAAAAUUUAGAAAAUAAUUUUGAAAAAAAUAAAAAUUUAUUAAAUAAUUUUGAAAAAGAAAAAAAUUUGGAAAAAGAAAAAAAUUUGGAAAAUAAUAAUUUAAAUAUAUUAUAUUAUAAUUUAAUAAUAUUAAAUUAUAUAGAAAUAGAUAUAAAAUAUUUUAAUGAAAUAUUAAUAAUAAUAAUAGAAAAUAUAAUAAAUAUUGAUAAUAAAUUAAAUAUAUUAAUGAAGAAAUUAUUAAUUAAAUUAAUUAAUAAAUUAAAUUAUAAUUCAAUUUUUUUUAAUAUUAAACAAUUAUUAUUUAAUACAUUUAUUAUACCAAAUAAUUUUAAUUUAAUUAAUCUUAUAAAUUCCAUUACGGUGUUUCCCGUUACGGUGCUUGGUCACACGGAUAGUACUAACCAUACCAAUACCAAUAGUAUUAAUAAUAAUAUUAUUAAUAAUAAUACUACUAAGGAUCCUUUUGGAGCAAGCACCGUUACUGAAGAAAAUUUGAGUAAUAAAGUUGCUGCUGUAAUUGCUGCACCUAAAAGAUCUAAUAAUAGUGAGAAAAAUUUGAAUGAAAUUGCUGUUGUAACUAAUUCUAGGGAGUCAAGUAAUAAUAUUGAGAAUACAGUUACGGUGACUGGUAGUGAGGGAAAGGGAGCUAAUUCUAUGGUUACAGAGUGUACUAAGGGUAAUAGUAGUAUAGGUACUAGUACUAAGGGUAGUGUAGGUACUGUUGGUACUGGUGCCGUUCGUACUGACACCGUAACGGAAUUAAUUGAUAUAUAUAUAUUAAAUUAUAUAAUAAAAAAAAGUAUAAAUAUAAUAAAAAUAAAAUCAAAAUUAAUUACAAUAUGUAAAUUUAUUAUACAAAAUAUUCAAAUAACAGACAAUGAAUUAACAGAAAAUGAAAUUUUGGGAAAAAAAUAUUGUUUGGAAAUUUAUUAUGAAAAUAUUUUAAAAUUAUUAUUUAAAUUUAAUUUUAAUGAUGAAAAUAUUUUUUCUAAUUUUUUAAUUAUUAUUACGACAUUUUUUUAUAAAUACUCAGUAACGGUGCUUGGUCACACAGAAAGUAAUAAUAACAAUACUAGUACUAAGGAUAGUACUACUAAGAGUACCAUUGGACCAAGCACCGUAACUGAGGGAAAGGGAGCUAAUUCUACCCUUAUGGAGUGUACUAGUGAGAAAAAUAUUAAUAAAAUUGCUGUUGUAACUAAUUCCAGGGAGUCGAGUACUUUUUCUGAGGGAGAGGGAGUUGAUGAGGAAGCCCCUUCCGGGGAUAAGGAAAUCCCUUUCGGUGCUGUUCUUGGCCGUGGACCUCACUCCGUUACGGGAGAAUUAUAUAAUAAAAUAAUUUCUCUAGAUAUAAAUUAUAUUAAAAAGGGAAAUAUAUUAAUAAAUAUAUUAAGAUAUAUGAAUAAUGAAGAAAAAUUAUAUAUAUUUAAUGAUAUAAUUGAACGAAAUCAAUUAAAUUUAUUAAAUUUUAUCUUAUUUCAUUGUUAUACAAUUAUUAAUUUUGAUUUAUUAUUUCAACAUUUAUUCUACGUUACGGUGCUUGGUCAAGCAGAAAGUAAUGGAUCUACGGAUAGUAUUCCUCCUCCUAACAGUACUACUACUCUAGGAGCAAGCACCGUUACUCCUGGAAAGGGAGCUAAUUUUACAGCCACAGAGUGUACUAUAGGUAAUAGUAGUACUAAUACUAAUAAGGAUAUUAAAGGAGUUAUUAGUGGAGUUAAUACUAAGGUACUCCCUUUCGGGGCUGUUACUAAGGUACUCCCUUUCGGGGCUGUUACUAAGGAAGGUCCUUUUAGGGCUGUUGGUACUACUGGCCGUGGUACUCACACCGUUACGGAAGAUAUAAAAAAUAUUGUAUUAACAUUAAUAAUAAUAAAUAAUAAAUUAAUAAUAAAAAAAUUAUUAUAUUAUAUUUUAUUUUAUUUUUAUACUAACAUAGAAAUUGGAACUGGAUCUACUGAGGGGUCUACUGUAGGAACAGGAUCAUCUGUAGGAACUACUGUACAAUCUACUGAAGGAUCCGGAUCCAGUGUUGUAAUAAAAUUCUCUCUUGGUUUAAGUGAAGAUAUAAAAUCAAAUAUGUCUAUAGAAUUAAUAGAAAAUAUGGAAUUGGAUAAUAAUAAAUUAAUAGAAAUAUUAAAAAUAAUAUUAACAAAAAAUAUAAAAUAUCCUAAAAUAUUAUUAUAUAAUAUACAAAAUAAUUUAUUUUAUACCAAUCCAUUACAUAUUCAUAAAAUUAUUAAUAAAGGAGGAAAGAGAGGAGAAAAUGUAGUAAUAGAGGGAGGAAAUUUAGAAGAAAAUGCCUUAGUAGAGGUAGAAAAUCCCUUAGUUGAGGUAGAAAAUAUAGAAGAGUCUGUAUUAGAAGAAGUAGAAGAAUGUAUAAAAAUAUAUUUAAAUAUAUAUAAUAAUGAAAUAAUAGAAUUGAAUAAUAAAAUAAUAAAAAUAAUAUUAGAAAAUAUUUAUUAUAAUAAUAUAAAAAAUAAAAUUAUAACAAUAAAUUUUCUAAUUAAAAAUUUAAAAAAUAAUACAAAAUAUUUAAAAUUAAUAUUAAACAAUUUAUUAUCAAUUGAUUUUAUUAAUGGAGUUGAUGGAGUUGGUACAGUAGAUGGAGUUAGUGGAGUUGGUACAGUAGAUGGAGUUAGUGGAGUUGGUACAGUAGAUGGACUUAGUGGAGUUGGUACAGUAGAUGGACUUAGUGGAGUUGGUACAGUAGAUGGACUUAGUGGAGUUGGUAACACAGUAGAUGGAUUAGAUGAAUAUAAUAUAAUAAAUAUAAUAAAUUAUAUUAAGAAUAAUUAUAAAUUAUUUAAUUUUAAUAAUGUUACGGUGCUUGGUCACACGGCAACUACAGUAGUACCUGGUACCACUAAUACUCCUAUUACUACCCCUGGAAAGGGAGCUAAUUUUAUGCCUAUGGAGUGUACUUCGGGAAAGGGAGCUAAUUCUACCCUUAUGGAGUGUACUAGUGAGAAAAAUUUGAAUGAAAUUGCUGUUGUAACUAAAUCUGGGGAGUCAGGUACUUUUUCUGAGGAUAUUACUGAGGAUAUUAAGGAUACUAAUACUAGGGGAUCUGGUACUAAUACUGAGGAAAGCCCUUUCAGGGGUUACCGUGGUACUCACUCCGUAACGGAGUUAUAUAAUGGAAUAAUAAUAGGAAAAUGUAUAUGUAUAUAUAAAUUAAUAAAAAAUAAUUUAUUAGAAAAUUUAUUAGAAAAUGAAUUAUUGGAAAAAAUAAUUAAUUUUUUAAUAUUUUGUUUAAAAUUUUCUAUUAAAUUUACUAUAGAAUUAUUAAAUUUUUUAUAUUUUAAAUAUAAAAAUAUUUUAAUACAAUUAAUAAAUCAAUACCAUAUGACAAAAGAUGAAUUAAAUGCAGCAGAUCUUAAAUCCAAUGGAACAGAUGAAUCCAAUCCAACAGAAGAUGAAUCAAAUGAAUUAGAUGAUGAAUUAAAUAAUAAAUUAAUUAUAUAUAUUUUAAAUUUAUUAAUUAAUGAAUUAUCAAAUGAUACAAUACAAUCAUCAGUAAAUACCUUAGGGUCAGUGGAUAGUACUGAUACCUUAGGGUUAGUGGAUAAUACUGAUACCUUAGGGUUAGUGGAUAGUACUAAUAUCUUAACUACUAGUAAUAGUACUGUUGGAGCAAGCACCGUAACGGAAGAAAUAAUAAUAUAUAAAAUAAUAAAUGAAGAAAAAAAAUAUUUUUCAUAUGUAUUUAAUAAAUUAUUAAAUAAAUUAAAUGAAAAUAUUAUCAAUUCUAAUGAAGUAAAUGAUAAAAUAAUAAAUUUAUUAAUGAAAUUAUGUAAAAUUGAUGAAAAUAAAUUAAUAUUAGAAAAUGUAAAAUUAUUAAUAAAAUUUUUAGAAAAAAUUAAUUUAUAUAAAAUAUCAAAAAAUAUAAAUUUAAUAAAUAAAUUUUUAGAUAAUUUUCAUAAUAAUUUAUAUAAAUUAAUUUUUAUAUUAUUUCAACAUAUUAUUUCCUCCGUAACGGGGUCAGGUCCCACGGCUACAGAUAGUAAUAAUAUUAAUAAUAAUAGUACUAAUAUUAAGGGUAUUAAGGGUACCAUUGGAGCAAGCACCGUAACUGAGGAAAAUUCUAUCACCCAUUUUGCUGCUCCCGGAAAGGGAGCUAAUUUUACAGCCACAAAGUGUACUACUAAGGAAACCCCUUUCGGGGCUGGUACUAAGGUAGACCCUUUUGGGUGUGCAGUUGGAGCAAGCACCGUAACUAAGGGAAAGGGAGCUAAUUUUACAGCUAUAGAGUGUACUAGUAGUAAUGGUAGUACUGUUGGUACUAAGGAUAUUGGAGAUGUUGUAGCAAGCACCGUUACGGAAAUAUAUUAUAUAAUAUUAUAUAAAUUAUUGGAUAAUGAAAUAAUAAAAGAGAAUUUUAUAGAAGAAUAUAUACAAUUUAUAUUAUAUAUAAAUAAAUUAAUAAAAUUAAAAGAAAAAAUUCUAUUGAAUAAAAUAUUUAAAAAAAUUAUUAAAUAUUAUAAUAAUAAUGAAAUUAUAUUAAUUAAUAUUAUUUUUAAAUAUAAAAAUUAUCUUAACAAUAAUGAUAUGAAUGAUAUGAAUGAAAUGGAUGAGGAAAAUUUGAAUGAAAUUGCUGCUGUAAUUGCUGCACCUAAAAGAUCUAAUAAUACUACUAUCACUAGUGAAGAAAAUAUUAAUGAAAUUGCUGUUGUAACUAAUUCUAGGGAGUCGAGUACUUUUAUUGAGGGUUAUGGUAGUGAGGGAAAGGGAGCUAAUUCUAUGGUUACAGAGUGUACUAGUACUAAGAGUACUGUAGGUACUAUUGUUGGCCGUGAACCUCACACCGUAACGGAAGAAAUAAUAAAUAUAUGUAUAAAAUAUUUAAAUGGUAAUAAUAUAAAUAUAAUAGAAAUAAAUAAAACAAUAUUAAUACUUUUAUCAAUAAAUUGUAAUAAAGUAUUUGAAAAUUAUUUAAAUGAAAUUUUUGGUAUUAUUUUAAGAUUUCUAUUAAUAAUAAUAAUACAUGAGAAAAAUAAUAAUGAAAUUGCUGUUGUAACUAAUUUUGGGGAGUCGAGUGGUUUUUAUCCCGUUACGGUGCUUGGUCAAACAGCCAGUAAUGGACCGGAUACUAACAGUACUAAUAUUACUAGUAGUAAUACUAAUACUAUGAGUACUGUAGAGAUAUAUAAGUCCCCUUCGGGGGGAUUGUUGGAUGCUGUUGGAGCAAGCACCGUAACGGACACCAUACCGGAUGAACAAAAUAUAUAUAAAUUAAUAUAUAAAUUAUUAAAAUUGAAAAUGGAAAAUAAAUUAUAUAAAGAAAUAUUAAAAGUAUUAAUAUAUCAAUUGAAUAAUUUAAAUUAUACAAAUGUAGUCAUAAAUUGUAUUUAUGAAUUAAUUUCACAAUAUCCAAAUGAACUUGAAUAUAUUCUAAAUAAUAUCUUUACAAAUUAUAAUAUUAAUACUUUUCUAUUAUUCUAUGGAUUAUUACAUUAUAUAGGUAUGUUUUCUCCAUUACGGUGCUUGCUCACAUAUUAG